AUGCCUGUUACAUUUUCACCAUUUGCUAGUAGACGAAGUGCAGUGCACAGUAUUAAUGGAAUUGUUGCUUGCACUCAACCGUUAGCAGCAAUAGCCGGCCAGAGUAUCCUUCGACGAGGAGGCAAUGCCGCCGAUGCUGCUAUUACCGUUGCUGCAUGUCUCAAUGUUACCGAGCCCUGGUCCACCGGAAUCGGAGGCGACAUGUUUUGUCUCUUCUACGAUGCACAGAAGAAAAAGGUCGAAGCAAUCAAUGGGUCUGGAAGAGCGCCUGCCAGCAUCACUCUGCAGGAGGUCCGACGAAAGCUCGGCAUGGUGAAUAAUCAGCCCGGUGGCAUUCCACUCACAAGUGUUUGUGCUGUCACGGUUCCAGGGGCGGCGGCGGGUUGGAUUGAUACCGUGGAGAGAUUUGGGAGCAGGAGACUUUCACUGAAGGAGAUCCUGGAACCAGCGAUAGAAUUGGCCGAGAAGGGGUUUCCUGUGUCGGAGAUAUCUGCCUACUAUUGGAAAGUCAAUGAACAAUCCCUUCGAGACGCAUCCCCUAACUUUAAAGAGAUGCUCAAAAAAGACUCUACCGCAACAGAUGGGGUCAGGGCUCCCCGGGUAGGAGAGAUAAUGAAGAUGCCGGCUUUGGCGAAUACAUUCCAUCAGUUGGCAUCCGAAGGCAAAGAUGGUUUUUAUUCUGGGCGGAUAGCCAAGGCAAUUGCAAAAGUCAUGCAAGACCUUGGAGGGUAUCUCUCAGAGGCGGAUCUCAAGUACCACGCAGAAAGAGGCAGUGACAGCGUGGAUCCGGUAUCAUUACGCUUCACACCAGAGAGCAAGCAGAGUAUUGAUAUCUGGGAACAUCCACCAAACGGCCAAGGCAUAAUAGCACUCAUGGCACUUGGGAUGAUCCAAGAACUCGAAAAAACAGGGACCCCGAUUCCUCCCCACAACUCAGCAGAGUAUUUGCACCUGCUGAUAGAAGUCUUGCGAAUCGCCUUCACUGAUGGUACAUGGUGGAUAUCCGACCCUGAUUUCAACACCGCGCCAGACCUGCUUUCAUCCUUGUAUCUCGCAGAGCGCGCACGUCUGUACAAUCCCAACCAGGCAUCUGGAGUUCUUGAUCAUGGCAGUCCUGCGCUCCGAUCAAGUGACACGGUAUACUUUGCCGUGACGGACGCCCACGGGAACGCCGCAUCAGUCGUGAAUAGUAAUUACCACGGUUUUGGAAGCGGUAUCAUCCCCGCAGAUUGUGGAUUUACACUUCAAAGUCGGGGUGCGAACUUCUUACUCGAACCGGGGCACCCCAAUGCGCUAGAACCUGGGAAACGACCAUAUCACACUAUUAUUCCGGCUAUGGCGACAAAUCCUGACGGAUCGCUUCACUCGGUGUUUGGGGUUAUGGGUGGUUUUAUGCAGCCGCAGGGUCAUGUGCAGGUCUUGAUGAAUAUGUUGGUGUUUGGGAUGAGUCCGCAGGAAGCUCUGGAUGCGCCGCGAAUGUGUCUUGGAGUUGGGACCUCUAGUGAUGGAUGGAAUGUCGAUGUCGAGGAAGGGAUAAGCUCGGAAGCAAUUCAUGGGUUGCGGAGGCGAGGACAUCGAGUUGAGGUUAGAACGGGGUGGCAACGGGAUUUAUUCGGUAGAGGGCAGAUCAUUCGUAUGGAAAUGGAGGAUGGUCAAAGGGUUUUUAGUGCAGGGAGUGAUCCGAGAGGUGAUGGCAUGGCAGUUCCUAUGUGA